AUGUGUGAAAAACAAUUAAAGCUCCAAAUUGUUUUAAUAGUUUUGUCUUUAUUAUUCAAAGGAUAUUACAGUGUAGAUGACAGUGUUUUGUUUACUGUAACCCGAGCACCGAGAUACUUCGGUAUCUUACAAGAUCACCGCGGACAGCCUCUUUCUGUUGAAAUAUCAGAAGAAUAUAUGGAUCAGGAUUACAUCGCUACAAACAGGAAACGACACAAAAUUGAUUGGAAUAAAAAUCCUCUCGAUAUAGAUGAUUUUGAUGACGACGAGACAGAUGAAAUAGCAGACGAGAAAGACAAAGACGUUAAAUUGCCAAACAAAUUUAACUUACAAUCGGGACCGGUGUAG